AUGUUUUUAAAAAUUUUUAUCUUUAUUUUAUUAAUUUCUAUACAUGUUGUUCAUGGAGCUGGUAUCCUUGGUAGAUUACAAUCUGUUGGAGCUAGGGGUACUCUUUUAUGUGACAAUAAGCCUCAAUUAAAUGUUGAAGUGGAACUUUAUGAUGUUGAUAGAUUUGAUAUUGAUGACUUGAUAGCCAAGAAAAAAAGUAAUAGUAGAGGGUACUUUGAAAUUUCUGGAAGUCAUAGAGAAUUUACAACUAUUGAUCCUAAAAUUGUUAUCUAUCAUAACUGUAAUACAAGACCAGGUUGUUUAAAAAAGAUUUCAAUGAUUAUACCAGAUCGUUUUGUUGCACAUGGUGACAAAGUCGAAAAAUGGUUUGAUGCUGGUGUCUUUGAAUUAUCAGGGAAAUAUCCUGAUGAAACUGAAAAGUGUGUUCAUUAA